UAGAUUAGAAUUUUAAGGCAAAGGAACUAAAGUUUACUACUUUACGCUAAUUAGAACAUCUCCAUCACAUCCGAUAACUAACUACUAACCGCAAAUUAAAAAAAAGAAUUUGUUAAACUUCAAAGGAAAUAGAAGAAUACAAAUGUGACACAAAUAUUUUCUUUUACAACAUAAAUUUGUUAGAAAUUUUGCUAAACAAAAUUAGAAGUUUUUUUAAUUAUUAUCCAAAAAAAUAAUUUUGAAAUUGUUACAAAAUGUCCAACGGUGCUUUACCCAAACAACAAGCAUCAUGUUCAUCUUUAAGCGGUCAUUUGAAUACACAAAAUUCAAGUAGUGAACUGUUUGAAUUGAAACCCAAACCAAAAUUAUUUUGUAUUCCAGAAAAUUGCACAAGAUUUUUGAAUGAUUUGAGGAAAACACAAUCAUUAAAUGUUCAUAAAAAAGUGGAACAUCCUGAGAAAUCUUGGUCAGUCUUAUAUUUUGGCUCCAAGAGUUAUGAUGAUGAAAAGAAAAGGUUUAUGAUGUGAUAAAGAAAUCAAAUGUUUAAAAUGAAAUUUUCUGUUUUAAAUUUGCAAUCUAUAUAUUCAUUUUUAUUAAAUAUCUAUAACAUCUAAAAUAUUUUUUAAAAUUGAUCAAUCUGUACCUCUAGAUGUUACAUUGUAUACCACCGAGGUAGCCACAUACAAAACUAUUAGCUUUAAAAAUGUUCUUUUAAAUAAACUCAAGUGAAAUUUUUUCUUAGGUUUUAAGUUAGAUUGUGUCAAA